AUGGAGAGAUAUUGGCGGGACUGGGGAUUUGCAAUUCCCUCCUAUCCGACAAUUCUUGGCAAUGACGUGAGUGGUGUUGUAGAAGCCAUUGGCUCUGAUGUCACGAUCUUCAAGAAAGGAGACCGUGUCAUCGGCUUCGCAGACGGCUUUUUGUCUGGAAAGCUGGACAACUCUGCCUUCCAGACAUACACCAUAGUUCCUGUCACAUCUGCGGCCAAGAUACCUGACAAUAUCGAUUUUGAGCAUGGUGCGAUGCUACCUAUGGCUGUCGCGACUUCCAGUAUCGCACUUUUCAGUGAUCUCGGCCUUCUCCGCCCAGCUCCUGGGCUGCUACCGAACGGCUCUGCUUCAGUCCUCAUCUGGGGUGGUGCUUCUGGUCUUGGUUCUAUGGCUAUUCAGCUUGCGCGUCUAGCAGGUUAUGACGUAUAUGCCGUCGCUAGCCCAGCCCAACAUUCUUAUCUGAAGUCGCUCGGUGCAACUACGCUCUUCGAUUAUAGUUCCCCGACAGUUGUUAAAGACAUCAUUGAUGCGGCUAAAAGUAAAGGGCAACCUAUCUGCCAUGCUUUGGACGUCAUUUCCGAAGAGAAAACUCUUUCGGCCGUUAGCAAGGUGCUUUCUGGGUCAGGAGGACUGGGCAGCAAACUGGCACACGUGCUCCCCUGGCCAGAGAGCGUGGCUAAGCCAGAUGAUAUUCAGCUGCUAUCCGUGUCCGGGGAGAACAUCUGGACUACACGAAGGGACAUCUCAACAUGGCUCUUCCAUACAUUCCUUCCGUCUGCCUUAGAAAGAGGGUCGAUUGUACCAAGCCCUCGACUUCAAAUCGUCGAAGGUGGACUCAGUGACUUACAGAGUGCAAUGGACUCUAGCAAGAAGAGUGUUAGUGGGCAAAAAUUGGUUGUUAGAUUGGCUUAG